CAAAUCCAAAUCCAAAUCCAAAUCCCAAUCCCAACCGCCGCCCCCGUCCCCAAAUCGGAUCUAACCCUAGACCUCGAAGGCUCCCCACCCAUGGCGUCCGCCGGCCCCGACCCCGACCCCCAGCCUCCGGCGAGGCCUCCGCUCUUCGCUAUCCCAUCGGAUCUCGAGGCCAUCGAGCUGCUCCGCCUUUGGAAAGAGGGCGGCGCCGCCGCUGUCCCCUCGUGGAUCCGCCCGGCGGAGGUCUACGGGCACAGCCCGUCGGAACUCCUCGUCGCCCACCAGCCAGCCACGGCAGCAGACGGCGCCGUGGCCUGGUUCCUCGUCACCACCGUCCGGCACGUCGGGCCCAAGGAUCCGCGGAUCUGCCGCGUCGUCAAAGGGGGCGGGACCUGGAAGGGAGAGCACUCUCACCCUCUCGUCUCCCUCCCCGACCGCGCCCUUGUUGGAACCGUCCGGAGCCUAUCCUACACGCUCAAGGGUGACGACGGCAAGGAGUUACGUACGGGCCACCUGAUGAGGGAAUACCGGCUCUCUGGCGGCGCAGGCCUCGUCGCCGGCAGCGCCGGCCUCGAGAUCGCGCUAUGCGUCGUCUACAACUCCCCACGCGACGCUGAGGCCGCUGCAGCCAAGGCCCUCGAGAGGGCAGCUGCCAAGGCCGCCAAGGAGCAAGAAAAGACCGCCGACCGUGCAAGGAGGGCUGCGCAGGCGGACGCCAUCAAGGCCAGGAGGGCCGCCGCCAUGGCACGCCGGAGGGGCUCCUCCAAGGCUCAGGAGGUGGCCGCUGCCAAUGCAGCAGCGGCGGUGGCAGCUGAUACCCCCGCUUGGCUGGCACUAGUAUCGGCUACUACACCACCGCGGGGGCAGGCGUCCGCUACUCCUACGCCGCUGGCAGCAGCCACUACUCUGCAGCGGGCAGCAGCCGCCACUCCUCCACCACAGGCAGCGGCAGCAGUCACUCCUCCUCUGCAGCGGGCAGCAGCAGCAGCCACCACUACUCCUCUGCAGCGGGCAGCAGCCACUCCUCCUCUGCAGCGGGCAGCAGCAGCAGCCACCACUACUCCUCUGCAGCGGGCAGCAGCAGCAGCAGCAGCCACCACUACUCCUCUGCAGCGGGCAGCAGCCACUCCUCCUCUGCAGCGGGCAGCAGCAGCAGCAGCAGCCACUCCCCUGCCGCGGGCAGGGUCCGCCACUCCACCGCCGGCAUCAGGGGCUUCAUCUCCAGUGGGCAGUGCAUCCUGCCCGCAGAAGCGUCAGCUAUUGCUCGAAGUAGGAGCAGAUCCAAUCCUCAUGCCUGGUUCAUCCCUCUCAUGGAACCAAGUGUAUGAUGCGCAGCAAGUUGAAGGCGACCCCCCAUUCAAGAGGACCAAGCGUCUUGAUUGCAGUGGGUGGUUCCUGCUUGAUGCAGGCCACACCCGGAAGUUUGGGCAAUCUCCGUGCAGUGCCUGAUACUAAGCUCUCUAUGCAAAGACAUCACCUGUUAGUUGAUAGUGGCUUAUGUGGGUGCAAGAAGUUUGGAACUCCAUGCACCGCAUUGUAAUAGAAAACAUAGUUUUGGAGUCACUGAGUUUUUUGCUUGAUACUCUGGAAUUGAAGGUCUUUUUUGUA